AUUCAAGAAUUUCUUACAUGAGAAGGAAAAAAGAUUAAAAUACUUUGGUAUUUGAAAUAGGCAAAGGAGCAAUACUUUGGCAGAUUGGUGGUGGUGGUGGUGGUGGUUGCUUGUACAUUGUGCUUCAUAUCGUCGUACGCCGCAGCAGAUCGAUCGUAGCCGUACAUCUUCUUCGUUAAUGGGAACAAAAAUGAAAGGAAUCUACAAAGGAUUUAAAUAUACUCUUUCUCAGAUAUUCGUCGUAAAGGACCGUGAAAUGGAAAUGGAAAUCGGAGGUCCGACGGAUGUUAAGCACGUCGCACACAUCGGGUGGGAAGGUCCCUCCGGGGGUGCACCUACUUGGAUGAACGAAUUCAGAGCGGGACAGGAUUACGCAGCAACUUCGAUCGGUAAUUCUGGUUCCGCUCUUUCUCCGUGGUCGUCUCAAGAUUUUGGCGAUCAAUCGAUGAGGCAGCAGUCGGAAUCCGAGAUGCCCUCAACAGAACAUCAUCGUACCAAGAAAAAGGAGAAGAGAAAAAAACCAAAGUCGUCUUCUUCUCCGAAAUCGGGUGCUUCCUACUCAUCAAGGUCGUCAAGAAAUGGAAAAUCGAAAUCCAAAUUCAUCGAGGAAGAUUCUAAACCAUCCAACAUUAAAGUGUCAUAAUUAUUAAUAAUAACUACUCAAAUCUCCCAUGCUCGUCGAAAAGUUCUUUAGUAUGUCCUCGUGUUUUUCUACUUACGCAGAAAUCUUCAAUUUUUUUCAUCGAGCAACGUAGAAAAUUCGUGUGGUUUUAUUUUAUCGCAUAUAUAUACGGUUUUUUUAAGGUGAAGGGCAGCCUUGUGAAGAGUUAACCUUGUUUAGAACUGAUACAUUAUAUUAGAAGACAAAUGUAGACUACAUAGUACUUGUUUGUUUGAGCCUUUUCUU